CUCACACAAGGACUUUCACGUCUGCUUGUCCUGAGAGUCCGGAAACAGACAUGUCAGAGUGUUGGUGAGCUGUGAAGACAGACGCAAGCUGGACCGGUAGCCUCCUGAGGGAGAAAAAGAGACACGUCUUGCUGGCUGUCCCAGAGAAAACGGCGUGAAAAGCGUCCCGCUGGGAAACGCCAGCAACGCUGAACUGACACGGAGAGCGCAAGCCACAGACCGGGGCAAGGAUGGAGUCUGUGGCCAUGUACAACUUCCAGGCUGAAGAGAAGGAUGAGCUAGCCUUUAAGAAGGGAGACAUCUUGAAGAUCCUGAACAUGGAUGAGGACCUGAACUGGUACAAAGCAGAGCUUGGAGGCCUGGAAGGAUGUGUACCCCAAAAUUACAUCAAAAUGAAGCCUCAUCCCUGGUACUCAGGCAAAAUAUCCCGGCAGGAAGCAGAGAAGAUUCUUUUAAAGAGGCGUUUUCAAGGAGCUUUUCUUCUCAGAGAGAGCGAAAGCAGCCCAGGGGAUUUCUCCAUCUCUGUCAACUCCGGAGAGCAGGUGCUCCACUUCAAGGUCCUGCGAGAGAAAAACGGGAAGUACCACCUUUGGGACGAGAAAUUCAACUCCAUCAACGAACUGGUGGAUUUCUACAGGACCACUACCAUCGUGAAGAAGGGCCAGCUCUUCCUCCGAGAUCAUGGGGAAAUGCAGGAGCCCAAGAAGGCGAAAUACGUGCAAGCUCAGUUUGAUUACAUGGCCGAAAAUUCGUCCCAGUUGAGCUUCUGCAGAGGGGACGUCCUUGAGAUCCUGGACGGCUCCGACCCUAACUGGUGGAGGGGGAAGUUAGGGGUGAAAACCGGCCUUGUGCCACGAAACUACGUUUUCCCUCUCCGCCUGUGAUCCGCUCUGACCCCGCUGGAGGCUCACGUUCCAGGAGCCGAAGAAAACCUCUAGAAACGGAGACCAUGGAAUACAGACAUGUCUCUUGGACCUUCUUUCUGGAGGAGGUGAAUGAGCAAGGAAAGAACUUUUUCACGGUUUUCAGACUUAGGCCCAAAGAGACACGUCAGGAGUUGGGAAAUCUGGGUUUUCCCAGGACGAUUGCUAGCCAACAUUGGGGCCAGUAUUCUGCCUUUCCCUCUUGAAAGAGAGUUUCUGUUGGACUCCAAUUGGGGAGACCCGGGUUUCUAGCCGCCGCCACCCCCAAGAGCCACAAAAUUGACAGAGUAACCCUGGAAUUAUUUCUCUCUUCCACAACAGUAAGAAAUAAAAGCAGUGGGAAAACGCAAUGAGGCAGAAAAGAAAAUGCUUAAAUCCAUACGGACACAGGACCCCAUAAAAUCGGCACUGUGAAAUUCCCAUCUCCGGCAACACAAUGGAGUAAUUGUGUGGUCACACUGGCAGUCUGAAUCGGUUUCUGAUUAGACUUUUUAAGAAUCAGAUUCAAGUCAUGUGGCAUUUAAGCCGUAUUCCUCCCGACCUGCAGCACGAUGUGGGAGCCAUUUCCAGGCUUUCCGCUGUUUUCGCAGAAGUCACUAAAACGCUGUUUGCAAUGAUGGAUCCGCAGGGGCUCCUUCCCGUAAGCAAGCCACCACCUGAAGCCUGAUUUUGCAAAAGGAAGAGAGACACACACACACCCGCCUUCCUGCGCCUCCCCCCCCGCCCAAGUUCCUCCUCACUCACCGAGCUGUGCUGCAGCUCCCAUCAAGGCGUAUUUCCCCGGGUCUGCCCAGAUCUGUAAAAUCCAGCACAAGGAACGUGAGUGUAUUCAAACUGCAUGGCAGGAGGGCGGGAUAGGAAAGUGGGACAGCGCUCUCUCUCCUCUGCCAUCCUCCCACCCCAAAAGAGGAUUCCUUUACAUUCAGAACAUCAGUGAAAGAUCAGCAGAGCUUGGAAAAGUUACUUUUCAUACUAUAGCUCCCAUCUUGGAUGGGGGAAUUGUGGGCAUUGUAGUCUUCAAAGGCAAUUUCUCCAAGCUCUGCUGAUGAGCACCAGGUCAAACCAGUCAUUAUAGAGAAUGCUUAUU